GUCGAUGCACAGCUCUGGCGCAUAGCGGGCGUCGUUUCAAGAGAUCUUCAGUCUCCACAGUUCAGCUCUGGUCGGCUUUCGAAGGGGGCCACCAAGAGUGUCGCGUUUGCAUGGGUGUUGUGGAGAGAUAAAUAGGUACUACAUCGAGUUCAGUUCGGGCGUUCGUGGACCAAAGUUUCUCGCUGUUAAUCCUACCAUGGACAUAUCCAAGAUUGCCUUCUUGGCUUUUAUAGCCCUCAGCGGGCUGUGUGGCCUGGCCAAUGCCACCUACAAAGUUGGCGUGGGACGUGCAGACAUCACCGGACCCCCAGUGGAGAUCAACUUUAUGGGUUAUGCGAACAUCAAGCAAGUGGGGCGCGGCAUCCACACUCGCGUCUUUGCCCGUGCCUUCGUGGUGGAGGACGAGAAGGGAAACCGGGUGGCCUUCGUCAGUGCAGAUGCGGGCAUGAUGGGCUACGGCCUGAAGAGGGAGGUGAUCAAGCGGCUUCAGGCUCGCUACGGGAACCUCUACCACACGGACAACGUGGCGAUCAGUGGCACCCACACGCAUGGAGCGCCCGGAGGAUUCCUGAUGCAUCUGCUCUACGACAUCUCCAUUCUGGGCUUUGUUCCACAGACCUUUGAGGUGAUGGCCCAGGGUCUCUAUUUGUGCAUCAAACGAGCCACGGACAACCUGGUGGAUGGACGCAUCUUUCUCUCGAAAACUACCGUCCUGAAUGUAAACAUCAACCGCUCCCCGUCAUCGUAUCUGCGCAAUCCGGAGGAGGAGCGGGCCCAGUAUGAGCACGACACGGACAAGACCCUGACGCAGCUGCGAUUCGUGGAUGUGGAGAACAACUUGCUGGGCGCCUUCAACUGGUACGCGGUGCAUGCCACCUCCAUGAACAACACCAACAGGCUGGUGACCAGCGACAACGUCGGAUACGCCGCCCUGCUCCUGGAGAAGGAGUACAACCCGAACAAGAUGCCGGGCAAGGGCAAGUUCGUGGGCGCCUUCUGCUCCUCCAACCUGGGAGAUGUGUCGCCCAACAUCAUGGGACCCAAGUGCUCCAUCUCGGGCAAUGAGUGCGAUCUACUCACUUCCCGGUGUCCCGCCGGCGAGGGAGACUGCUUCGCCUCCGGCCCCGGCAAGGACAUGGUGGAGAGCACCCAAAUCCUGGGCCAGCGGCUGGCGGACGCCGCUCUUGGUCUGCUGAAUGAGCAGAGCCAAGAGUCGACGGCCCGCGAGGUCACCGGCGACGUGCGCUUCAUCCACCAAUUCGUAGACAUGCCCAACUACAACGGCACCGCCUACAACCCACUCAGCCGGAAGAUCGAUAAGAUCCGCGGCUGCCAGCCGGCUAUGGGCUACAGCUUCGCUGCCGGCACCACCGACGGCCCCGGCGCCUUCAGCUUCGCGCAGGGCACCACCACGGACAACCCCAUGUGGAACUUUGUGCGCGACUUUAUCGCCACUCCUACCCAGGAGGACAUCAAGUGCCACGAGCCGAAGCCCAUUCUCCUGGCCACCGGAAGGGCCACCUUCCCGUACGAGUGGCAGCCGAAGAUCGUGUCCGACCAGCUUCUGAAGAUCGGAGACGUGAUCAUCGCCGCCGUUCCAUGCGAGUUCACGACAAUGGCUGGACGGCGCCUGCGCAACCAGAUCCGUGCCGCAGCCUCUGCCGUCGGAGGCCUAGACACGGAAGUGAUCAUCGCUGGUUUGACCAACAUCUACACCAGCUACACGGUGACCCCCGAGGAGUACCAGGCGCAGAGAUACGAGGCCGCCUCCACGAUCUUUGGCCCACACACCCACUCCAUCUACAUGGACGUGUUCGAGCGCCUGACCAAGGCCCUGAUGCGAAACGAGACGGUGGAGCCUGGCCCCAGUCCGCCCUACAUGAACGACGUGAUGCUGUCCCUCAACACGGGCGUACUCUUCGACGGACAUCCCAUCAACACAGACUUUGGCUACGUGAAGACGCAGCCCGGCAAGGAGUACGGCAUCAACGACACCGUCAAGGUCACCUACAUCUCCGGAAAUCCACGCAACAACCUCUUCACCGAAAAAACCUACUUCACCGUCGAGCGCAAGAUCAACGAGGACCGCUGGAAGGUGGCCUACACGGACGCCAGCUGGGAGACCAAGAUGAUCUGGCACCGCACCAACACGAUUUUGGGAUUCAGCGAGUUGGAAAUAUACUGGAACAUCAGCCCGCAAACGCUUCCAGGGGUCUACCGCAUCCGGCAUUCGGGCGAGUACAAGUACAUCCUCGGCGGAAAGUAUCCCUACGAGGGCCUCUCGCACUCCUUCACCGUCAAUGAGGACUGAAGCGAGCCAAAAUGGUUCCAUAAAUAUGUAUUCCUAUCCCAGACGAGCAUUGGAUUCGCCUCGCCUCCCCCGAAGAACAACAGCAACACAAAAUCCAUGUAUUUAUUUGUACCAUUUAUAAGUGACGAAGGAAAGCUUUAUUUUUGCAGAUGUGAAUAAAAAGAAUGCCAAAUUUUGUUGAAACUAA